GUAGGGGCGACGCAGGCCUGUUUUCUAGCAAAGAGAGGAUUUGAAGUAGAUCUUUAUGAAGCAAGAGAAGAUAUCCGAAUUCAAGAAAUUGUAAAAGGAAGAAGUAUCAAUUUAGCUUUUUCUCUGCGAGGGAGAACGGCUCUAUCCCAUAUUGGUGUCAAGGAUAAGAUUGUUGCAGAAGGUAUCCCAAUGAAUGCCAGACGCAUCCACACUCGUGACGGAAAGCUCUAUUCUUUAAAAUAUGGAACAAAGAAAGAUCAGUACAUCAUGUCAAUUGACAGAAGAAAGCUUAAUGAACAACUUCUCACUGCUGCUGAAAAAUACGACACAGUGAAAGUGUAUUUCAAUCACAAGUUUAUCAGGUGCAACUUUGAUACAGGAGAAAUAGUGUUUCUUCAACCUGAUGGAAAACAAGUGACUAGAAAAGCAGAUUUGAUAUGUGGAUGUGAUGGCGCUUUCUCUGCAGUUCGAAGACAGAUAAUGCGAAUGGGGCGUUUUGAUUACAGUCAAAUGUACAUCCCCCAUGGAUAUAUGGAAUUUACUAUGCCUCCAAAAAAUAAUGAGUUUGCUAUGGAAGUCAACUUUUUACACAUAUGACCAACAAAUGAAUUUAUGUUAAUUGCAUUGCCAAAUAUAGACAAGACAUUCACAUGCACACUGUUUAUGCCAUUUUAUGAGUUCGAGGGGAUCAAGACUGAGAGUGAUUUGAUGGCGUUCUGGCAUAACAACUUUGAAGAUUCCAUACCUUUCAUAGGAGAGGAAAACAUUAAAAAGACAUUUUUUGGCUGUCAGCCAUUACCAUUAAUUACUGUUAAGUGCACUCCAUAUCACUAUGGUAACUCAGGUGUCAUAAUGGGUGACGCUGCACAUGCCAUGGUACCAUUCUAUGGUCAAGGAAUGAAUUGUGGUUUAGAAGACUGUACUGUUUUUGAUGGAAUUCUUGAUCAGUGUAACAAUGAUCUAGCUAAAGCACUUCCUGAAUUUACCAGGAUUCGCAAUCCCGAUGCUAAAGCUAUCUGUGAUCUGGCACUCUAUAAUUACAUCGAGAUGCGAUCAUCAGUAAAUUCAAGAUGGUUUAUUUUCCGUAAGAAGGUGGAUAAUUUGCUUCAUUGGAUACUGCCUAACACUUUUGUACCACUUUACACUAUGGUGACAUUCACAAGAAUGAGGUACCAUAUAGUUAUCAAUCAAUGGAAGAAACAGGACAGGGUAAGUCAUCUUAACACUAAAAUUGCUCUUCUUGGCAAUAUGUGUGACAUCAUCACUUGUUUACCAUACAGAGAAUAA